ACGAGACUAAGGAUUCGCGAGAACGCACCCUCUUCUUCCGAGCAGCCACGAUGGUUCCCGUUGUGAGCACCGUCGCUCGUAUAUACAAGGCACUGAAUCCUCCGAACGUCGAUCCCUCGCCGGACUCACCUCCCAUCAAAUUCGGCAUACUGGGUGCUGCGAAGAUAGCCCCGAUCGCGCUCGUCGAUCCAGCGAAAUGCCACCCCGAAGCUGUCGUGCUUGCAGUGGCAGCGCGGGACAAGACGCGGGCUGAGGCGUUCGCGAAGAAGCACGGCAUACCGAAGGCCUAUGGCGGGUCCAAUGGGUACCAAGAAUUGAUCGAUGAUCCCGAGCUCGAUGCGAUAUACAACCCGCUUCCCAAUGGACUCCAUUAUGAAUGGACGAUGAAGGCUCUGGCAGCUGGCAAGCACGUCUUGCUGGAGAAGCCCAGCGCGAACACGGCGGAGGAGACGCGGAAGAUGUUUGAAUUGGCGGAGAAGAAAAAUCUUGUCCUCCUGGAGGCUUUUCAUUAUCGCUUCCACCCUGCCACACAGCGCGUCAAGGAGAUCAUCGACAGCGGCGAAUUGGGCAGCGUUACGAGCCUUUCGGCCACAUUGGCCGUCCCGAGGGGCUUCGUGAAAGAGGGCGAUAUUAGGUUCGAUUACUCCCUCGGCGGAGGAGCAUUGAUGGACAUGGGCUGUUAUACAUUGAACUGCAUCCGGUUCCUCUCAGGAGUGGAUCCGACCGAUGUGCAAGACGCGACAGCACUCGCUCACGUAUUCAAAACACCGCCUUCAUCCUCUGAGGCUUCUCUUGUAGAUGAUACUACAACGGCCCAUCUCGCCUUCCCGAACUCUAUGUCCGGCGCUAUCAUGUGCUCCCUUGGUCUCACGGGCUGGGGCCCGUUCAGUAUCCUUCCGCGCUGGCCGGAAGUAGCAGCUCAUGUGCAGUGCGAAGGAGGAGAAAUCAAACUGUUCAACUAUCCCGGAUCAUGGGCUUACCAUUACAUCACUGUGAGCAAAAGGAAGGGCAGCGGUAGGAUCGCCCGUACGGAAAAGGCGUACAAACCAAAGAACGGGAAGGGAGAAGAUUGGUGGACUACAUAUAGAUAUCAACUCGAGGCUUUCAUUGACAAGCUCAAAGGUCGGACACCGCAGCAUUGGAUUAGCGCGGAAGACUCAAUUGCUAAUAUGGAAUGGAUCGAGAAGAUAUAUUCGAAGACUGGGCUUGGUCCCAGGCCCGUAUCUUCUUUCGUACUGAGUUGAUAUGGGGUCCCUUAGAUGGCUACUAGCCAAUCCAGCCACCAGCUGGGAGAAGGGGUAGAUUGAAUGUCGACAGUCCUGUGAUGAGACCAUGUGGGCACGGGUGUUCGUCCCUUCAUUUACAACCCCGUGCGGGCAGUUCUAGCUCGAACCCCAAAGUCAAGUUAGAAGUCAAACGGGAUUUACGCGCACAAGGUUUGGUGACUUCGCG